AUGACGAGAAAACGCAAAAAUGUGGAGGAGAAUCGGGAAACGCCGAAAAGUUUUGAGAAUUAUGGAUUUGUGAAGAAAGAAGAACCGGAAGGUAGGGAUUUGGGGUGGAAUUUGAGCUACAGGGCUGAAAAACGCUGAAAAUAAGGUCUAGAAUGAUUUUCAGCGCUGAAAAUCAUCCCAGGGUCAAAAAUUCGUUGAAAAUUAAGUCUAGAAUGAUUUUCAGCGCUGAAAAUGAUCCCAGAUUCAAAAAUUCGCUGAAAAUUCAUUUUUGAAUGAUUUUUAGCGCUGAAAAUCAUCCCAUGGUCAAAAAUUCGCUGAAAAUUGAGUCUACAAUGAUUUUCAGCGCUGAAAACCAUGCCAGGCUCAAAAAUUCGCUGAAAAUCAAGUCUCGAAUGAUUUUCAGCGCUGAAAAUCAUCCUAAAGUCAAAAAUUCACUGAAAAUCAAGUCUACAAUGAUUUUUAGCGAUAAAAAUCAUCCCAGGGUAAAAAAUUCGCUGAAAAUCAAGUCUAGAAGUGAUUCUCAGCGCUGAAAAUCAUCCCAGGGUCAAAAAUUCGCUGAAAAUUCAUUUUUGUAUGAUUUUCAGCGCUGAAAAUCAUUCCAGGGUCAAAAAUUCGCUGAAAAUUCAUUUUUGAAUGAUUUUCAGCGCUGAAAAUCAUCUCAGACUCACAAAUUCGCUGAAAAUUAAGUCUAGAAGUGAUUUUCAGCGCUAAAAAUCAUCCCAGGGUCAAAAAUUCGCUGAAAAUCAAGUCUAGAAUGAUUUUCAGCGUUGAAAAUCCUCCCAGGCUCGAAAAUUCGCUGAAAAACUUUUUUCCAGCAGAACCUCGUCGAAGUUUCCCCGAAAAACGAUCGCGUCAAGAUUUCCGCGCCCAGAAAAAACCAAACUACGAGGCGAAUUUCGAGCAGCAAUACGGUCGAAUUGGAGGCGAAGACGCGGAAGCGGAAGCGGAAGGAAAUUCGGACGCAGCGCGGAAAGAUGACGCGACACGUGGCGAAUUUCCCAAAGAAAUUGUGACGUAUUUGCGCAACAUUGAACAGGUCAAAAAACAGGAAAACGGAAAAUUGGGUGAGAAUUUGAAUUUUUGAAUUUCGCGCCAAAAAAUACCGUAUAACAUUUUUUCCAGAAGAUUUUAUUCUCGAAAAAUGUGCUGAAGAAGUCGCCGGCCAGGAAUCGACACUUCUCGAAUGGACCGAAGCCGCAGUUGUGGUAGGUUUGCCACGUGGCACAGAGAAAUGCUGAAAAUUCCAGAAUUUCCCAUAGGAAUUCUGGAAUUUUCAGCCAGAAACUUCAAAAACCCGAAAAUUUCAGUCAAAAAUUGAAUGUUGACUGGAAUUUUCGAGUUUUAAGUCAAAAAUCAAUUAAUUUGUUUAAGAAUUAAAGCCUGAACCUUGAAAUUUCAGUCAAAAAUCGAAUUUUGUAAGAAAUUUUCGGAGUUCUCGCACAGGGAAAAAAUCCUAGUAUAAAAUUACUGAAAUCCUGCCUGCACACCCGUUCAAGCCACGCAAUGAGUGUUUUCUACUGUAAAACGAAAAAUCUGCAAAUGAAAAAAACUGUGCAAACACUUUUGUCUAAUUCUCUCUGUUCGCCGUUAUAUUUCGCACUACAGUAUUAAAGGAGCAUGAUAAAUUUCACGCGUUGGGUCUUGUCGCGAUUGCUAACUUUCUUCGUAGGACCUCAAAAAAUAAGAGAAGUAGCAAGUCAGGUAGAACUCGAGGCGCUGAUUUUCAUGCUAUAUUUAGUUUUUCAUGAACCUUAUCUAGAUUUUGAGCUACUGGGUGCACCGUUUUUACAGCGUUUUGCUGAUUUUUGUGUUGCUUGAGCGGGUGUGCCUGAACCUUAAAAUUUCAGCGAUUUUCAAGCGUUUUCAGUCAAAAUUCAAGAUUUUGUCUGAAAAUCGAAAAAUUGCUGAAAUUUUCGGGUUCUCGCGCAGGGAAAUCUAUCGUCAAUUUUUCUUCUUCAAAAAUCAAACCUAAAUUCAAUUUUUAGGUUAAAAAUCAUUAAUUUUUGAAGAAUUCAAGCCUGAACCUUGAAAUUUCAGUCAAAAAUCGAAUUUUGAAAAAAAAUCAGAGAAAAAAUCCUAGUAUAAAAUUACUGAAAUUCUGCCUGAACCUUAAAAUUUCAGCGAUUUUCAAGCGUUUUCAGUCAAAAUUCAAGAUUUUGUCUGAAAAUCGAAAAAUCGCUGAAAUUUCGGGGUUCUCGCGCAGGGAAAUCUAUCGUCAAUUUUUUUUCAGGUCGAAAAUGUGUUCGGAACCUCUCAAUACGGCGCCAAUCUCUUCCUCUCCUCCCUUCUCAAACUAAAACACAAAAAAGUGUUGACCCUGAUUUUCGGAGGCGCCAGCGCGCGGACCAUCGAAAACCUCCUCUACAAAAUGUGCCCCGUGGAAAAUGCGCAAAAUUUGGCGCCCCUGGUCAAAUUAGUCGAUUUGAUGGUGGAUAAUUGGAACGAUAUUUUGGCCACACAAAGUUCCGCGUUUCUGUUGAGAGCGAUUUUGCGCAUCACUUGCGGAUUCACGCGCGGAAACCGCGCGGUGGAAAAUCAAGAGCUGCCCGUGAAAUUCAAGGACGCUGACGUGAAAAUCGAGAUGAAAUCAAUUUUCGAACGAGUUUCGGUGAUGGGGUUCGAUUGGAAUUUGAAUCGAGAGAUUGUUCAGCAGCCGAUCGGAAGUCUGGUUUUGCAGGAUUUGAUUGAGGCGGAUAAAAUGUGGAAGACGCGGAAGGCGGACGAAUUUGUUGCGCAAUUUUUGGCCAAGGAUGAAGGUUGGCGGAUUUUUGGGUGAAAAAAUCUGAAAUUUUGGCCCAGAAAAGCCCCUAGGCCUAUUUUUUAUCAAAAACUUCGAAAUUCAGGCUCUCAGGCCUAUUUACUAUCAAAAUAUUCGAAAUUUCAGCCUAGAGGCCUAUUAAGUAUCAGAAAAUUCAGAUUUUCGGCCCAAAAAACCCCCCUAGGCCCAUUUUUUAUCAAAAAAUUCGAAAUUCCGGCCCUCAGGCCUAUUUACUCUAAAAAAAUUCGAAAUUCCAGCCUAGAAAAGCCUCCAGGCCUAUUUACUAUCAAAAAAUCCGAAUUUUCGGCCGUCAGGCCUAUUUACUAUCAAAAAAUCCGAAAUUUCAGCCUAGAAAAGCCUCCAGGCCUAUUUACUAUCAAAAAAUCCGAAUUUUCGGCCGUCAGGCCUAUUUACUAUCAAAAAAUCCGAAAUUUCAGCCUAGAAAAGCCUCCAGGCCUAUUUACUAUCAAAAAAUCCGAAAUUUCAGCCUAGAAAAGCUUGAUCUAGGAUCAAAAUUCAUGUUUCAGACGGCUCGCAACUUCGUCAAUCUUGGCGCGGCAAACAGUCGUCUCGAUUCUGGGAAAAGCUUGUGGAAAGCUGCGCGGAAGAGGCGCGGAAUAUGAUUUGGAUGGGAGCCAUUUCCGGACACCUGGAAGAGUUGGCUCAAGAUCAAUUUGCAAAUUUUCCACUGCAAAAAUUGAUUGGAGCGGUGACAAGUUUGGAAUUGGUGGGUUUUUGAGCUGAAAUUCGAAAUUUUCAGACAAAACUUGAGCUGAAAUUCGAAUUGUUCAAAUUUUCAAUCAAUUUUUUAUUCUACUCACAGAAUGUGUGAUUGAUUUGAGAAAAACUGCAAAAAUAUUCAUGAAAUUUUUGAAACGUAAUUUUUUUGGGAAAAAAUUACAAGAAUUACUGUAGCUUCCAGACUACAAGGGUUACUGUAUUCAGAGAGUAUUCAAAUUUUAUCAGAAAUUUUCCAGACUACAAGGAUUACUGUAGCUUUCGGAUUGAAAAAGUACUGUAUUUUGAAAAUUUUUUAAUAUUCAAUAAAAUAUACUGAAAAAUCUGAAAUUUUCAGAAUUUUUUUAAAAAUUCAUUGAAAAUUUAAAUUUUUCAAGAAUUUAAAUAAAAAUGAUCACAAAAUAUUUUUAGAAGAACAAAUAAUUGCUGAAUAAUUUUCAAAAACUCAAAAUUUUUUAUAUGAAAAUUUUGAAACAGUAAAAUUUUUUCGAAAAAUAUUUUUUUCAAAUAUUUUUUUUCGUUCAAAAUUUUGAAACUGUGGGAAAUUUAUAAUGUUUUGUAUUACGAAAAAGAGUCUGGGUUACUGUAGGUUCCGGACUGCAAAAAGUACUGUAUUUUAAACACGAAAAUUCGAAUUUUGUAAGAAUUUCUUUGAAACAGUAAUUUUUUUUUGAUUUUUUUUCGUUUGAAAUUUCUCAAUUUUCAUGAAUAAUAUACCAAAAAAUCUGAAAUUUUCAGAAUUUUUUCAAAAAAUUUCCCGAAUUUCUUUUGCAGGCCACCGACAUCAUCGACGAACUCGCCCCGUUUUUCGUCAACAUCCUCGUCUCGGAUAAAUCGGGCCUUCCACGCGCGGCCCUCAAAUGCGCGGCCCGCCACGAUGCCACCCAAGAAUUGUUGCUCAAAAAAUUGCGAGCUCAUUUUCGUGCCGAAAAAACGACCACGAAAACGCACUUUUUGUGGAAUAUUUUGACGAAUAACACAUUUGAUGGGAAAUUUGUGAAUUUUGACAAAUUUACUGUGCAGGUAAGGUAUUUUUUGAUAGAAAAAUUUGGAAAUUUCUGAUUUUUUGACACCAAAUACACCAUAUUUCAUUAAAACAGAAAAAAUCUAUUCUGAGCAAUGCAUUUUUUUCUUCGAAAUUUCAAUAUUUCAAAAAAUUAAUCAUUGCUCAGGUUAUAAUUUUCACAAAAAAUUUGAAUUUUGAAAAAAUUGCCACGUGGCAUUGGAAAGUUUGAUUUUUGACAAAAAAAACUUCAUUUCUGAAAAUUUUCAAUAUUUCAAAUCAUUGCUCAGGUUAUAAAUUUCACAAAAAAUUUGAAUUUUGAAAAAAUUGCCACGUGGCAUUCGAAAUUUCUGAAAAAUCUAAAAAUUUCUGAUUUUUUGACACCAAAUUUGGCGGGAAAGUUUGAAUUUCAAAAAAAAAUUGAACAUUUGAUUUUUGAAAAAAAAUUUUGUUUUGUGAAAAAUCUAAUCUGAGCAAUGCAUUUUCCCCCCGAAAAUUCAAUUUUUCAAAAAAAAUCAUCAUUGCUCAAGUUAUAGUUUUCACAAAAUUUUAAUUUCAAAAAAAUUUCAAAGUUGAAAAGAAAACCAGGUGGAAGCUCCAAAUUUUCCUUAUCAGAAAUUUAAAUCUCUUAAUUAAUUAGGUCAUUAAUUAAUUUUUACCCCCAAUUUCAAAUAUUUUUUUUUGCAGGGAAGUCUUCUGAUCGGCGAACUUCUCGAAUUUUCCAAAACCAAAACCUUAUCAGCUUGUUUCAUGGAAAUUUCGCCGGAAAAUUUGCGAGAAAUGUGUCGACACAAAAUCGGUUCACGUGUAAUUCAGGCGGCGUUGGCGAGCAAAAAUUUGGAUGUGGAAGUCAAGCAGAAAAUUGUUGGAUUGUUUGAUGUGGGUUUUUUGAGGGCCCGAAUAGGCCGAGGCCUGAAAAUCCACGUUUUUUGGCCCUAGAUUUGUCUAGACCUGAAAUUUUACUAUUUUUUGAUACUAAACAAGCCGGGAAUUGCGGUAGACACGUUUUUGGGAAAUUCUAACAUGAGCAAUGUUUUUUCAUCAGAAAAUUAAAUUUCUCCAAAUUGUUUAACAUGAGCAAUAAUUUCUGACAAAAUUUUGAAACUAAUAUGAGAAAUCCUAUUUUUUAUCCCAUUUUUCAUAUUUUUCUGGAAAAUUCUGACAUGAGCAAUGUUUUUUCACCUUCAAAAUGCUUCCCGGCUUAUAUGGUAUCAAAAGAAUCCUUUAAAAUGAGCAAUGUUUCAUUUUUGCAGCGUGACACGUGGCAACCGCUCAUCACCGACACUUAUGGAAGUCAUGUUUUUGAGAAAAUCUGGACGUUUGUCGAUGUUCGACAAAAACAGGAAAUUAUGAAGGUGUUGGUCGGCAUUUUUGUGAGUUGGAGCAUUUUUUUGCUCAAAAAUUUGGAAAAUUUGAUUUUUUAACCUGAACUACUGUUUGUAAUUUGAAAUUUAGAGCAAUUUUUGCUCAAAAUUUCAGAAAAUUUCAAAAAUUAAAAUUAAAAAAAAAAAGAAAAUUAAAAUUUGGAAAAAAAAAAUGUAUGCCACGUGGCACAACUUCCAAAAAAUCCCAAGAAAUUUCAAUUUCAGGACACUUCGAAAUUCUGGCGAUUUGCCAUGUUGAAAUGCGAUCAAAAAUUGUUCAGACAAGAUCGGAAAGCGUGGAUUGCCAAGUGGAAAUAA